CUCUCACAUUCUCUCUCUCUCUCCCUCCCUCCCUCUGUCUGUCUGUCCUCCAGGUAUGUUGCAGUGUGAGCCAGGCACGGUGAGAGAUCAGACUGGGAUAUUCCGUCUCUUCUGUCACGAGUGUCAGAGAGUUUUCCACGACCGCCUCAUCAACAACGAAGACAAAACCUACUUCAACACCAUCGUCUCUGAGAUGGCCAGCAAAUAUUUUGGCUUCAAUUUAGAACCCAAUUACUUUGUGACCAAACCCAUCAUAUUUGGAGAUUUCAUCAAGGUGGGUGCAGAGAAGGCAGAUCGUCUGUACGAGGACCUAACAGAGCCAGAUAAGAUCAGGGCUGUGCUCCAGGACUACCUGGAUGACUACAACAUGACCUUCUCCAAGGAGACCAAGCUAGUGUUCUUCCAGGACGCUGUAGAACACGUCUCCAGGAUAGCGCGUAUGAUCCGCCAGGAGCGUGGUAACGCCCUAUUGGUGGGUGUGGGGGGCACGGGGAAACAGUCACUGACGCGGCUGGCGGCCCACAUGUGCGGCAUGCGCUGCUUCCAGAUAGAACUGAGCCGAGGAUACAACUACGACAGCUUCCAUGAAGACCUGAGACGACUGUUCAAGAUGGCUGGGGUGGAGGGCAAGGACAUGGUGUUCCUCUUCACUGACACCCAGAUCGUGGUGGAGGAGUUCCUAGAGGACAUUAACAACAUGUUGAACAGUGGAGAGGUGCCCAACCUGUUUGAGAAGGAUGAUCUAGAGCAGGUCCUGGCUGCCACACGGCCCAGAGCCAAGGAGGCCGGCAUCAACGAGGGAAACCGAGACGAGGUGUUCCAGUUCUUCAUCUCUCGGGUCAGAGAGAAGCUGCACAUUGUGUUGUGUAUGAGUCCUGUAGGAGAUGCCUUCAGGUCCCGCUGUCGUAUGUUCCCCUCUCUGGUCAACUGCUGCACCAUCGACUGGUUUGUACAGUGGCCCCGUGAGGCCCUCCUCUCCGUGUCCCAGACCUUCUUCCAGAACGUGGAGUUUGGCAGUGAGGAGAUGAAGGAUCGUUUCAGUGAGAUGUGUGUGGAGAUCCACGUCAGUGUGACAGACAUGGCCGAGAGGUUCUACUCGGAGCUGAGACGACGCUACUACACUACCCCCACCUCUUACCUGGAACUGAUUAACCUCUACCUGGCCAUGCUGGGAGAGAAGAGACAGCAACUAGUGGCUGCUCGUGACAGGGUAAAGAAUGGUCUGACUAAGCUGUUGGAGACCAACGUGUUGGUGGAUAAGAUGAAGAUAGACCUGUCAGCUCUGGAGCCUGUCCUCAAACAAAAGUCUAUAGACGUCAACGCCCUCAUGGGAAAACUAGCUGUGGACCAGGAGAGCGCCGACAAGGUGCGUAAAGUGGUGAAGGAGGACGAGGCACUAGCCAAGGUGAAGGCUGAGGACACCCAGGCCAUAGCAGCAGAUGCCCAGAGGGAUCUAGACGAGGCUCUGCCCGCUCUGGAAGGUGCCAACAAGGCCCUGGACUCACUGGACAAGGCAGACAUCUCAGAGAUCAGGGUCUUCACCAAACCACCUGACAUGGUCAUGACUGUCAUGGAGGCCGUCUGCAUCCUGCUGGGCAGCAAACCUGACUGGUCCAGUGCCAAGCAGGUGCUGGGUGACUCCUACUUCCUCAGGAAGCUGAUGGAAUAUGACAAGGAAAACAUUAAGCCCCAGAUCCUCCAGAAGCUUCAGAAGUACGUGAACAACCCGGACUUUGUCCCUGAGAAGGUGGAAAAGGUGUCCAAGGCCUGCAAGUCCAUGUGUAUGUGGGUCCGGGCCAUGGACCUCUACUCCAGAGUCCUGAAGGAGGUUGGACCCAAGAAAGAAAGAUUGGCUGCCGCACAGAUGGAGCUGAACGCUACCAUGGCAACCCUGAAGGAGAAGCAGGCCCAGCUACAGGAAGUACAGAACAAGAUUAAAAUCCUCCAGGACCAGUUUGACCAGAGCAUCGCAGAGAAGGAGGGUCUGGCUAAGACCAUGGCUCUGACCGAGGCGAGGCUGGGCCGUGCAGGGAAGCUGACAGCAGCUCUGGGGGAUGAGCAGGUUCGCUGGCAGGAGAGCAUUGAACUGUUUGAACAGGAGAUCCAUAACGUGGUGGGAAACGUCUUCAUCGCUGCAGCCUGCGUGGCGUACUACGGAGCCUUCACAAUGCACUAUAGACAACUGCUGAUAGACCAGUGGAUUGUGCGAUGCCAGGAGUUGAGCAUCCCCAUCAGUGCCAGCUUCAGCCUCAUCAACAUCCUGGGCGACCCCUAUGAGAUCCGCCUGUGGAACGCCGAGGGGUUGCCCCGGGACACCGUUUCCACUGAGAAUGGAAUCCUGGUUACCCGUGGGCGCCGCUGGCCACUCAUGAUCGACCCUCAGGAUCAGGCCAACCGUUGGAUCCGUUCCAAGGAGACCAAGAACGGUCUGAAGGUGAUCAAGCUGACCGACUCUGGUUUCCUGCGAACCCUGGAGAACGCCAUCCGCAUGGGCAUGCCCGUACUGCUGGAGGAGCUGAAGGAGACUGUGGACCCGGCUCUGGAGCCCAUCCUGCUGAAGCAGACGUUUGUGGCGGGCGGCCGCACCCUCAUCCGCCUUGGAGACUCCGACAUUGACUACAACAAGAAAUUCAGGUUCUACAUGACCACCAAGAUGGCCAACCCCCACUACCUGCCUGAGGUGUGUAUCAAAGUGACCAUCAUCAACUUCACUGUGACCAAGUCUGGUCUGGAGGACCAGCUUCUCAGUGACGUGGUUCGUCUGGAGCGUCCUGACCUGGAGGAACAGAGGAACCAGCUGAUUGUGAGGAUCAACGCCGACCGCAACCAGCUGAAGGCCAUCGAGGACCGCAUCCUCAAACUGCUCUUCAACUCCAAGGGAAACAUCCUGGACAACGAGGAGCUGGUGCAGACCCUGCAGGAGUCAAAGGUGACGUCAGAGGCCAUUAAGCAUCGUUUGGAGGAGGCUGAGGCGACAGAGCUGAUGAUCAACGCGGCCAGGGAGCGCUACCGGCCCGUGGCCUCACGAGGCUCCGUCAUGUACUUUGUCAUCGCCAGCCUCUCUGAGAUAGACCCCAUGUACCAGUUCUCCCUCAAGUACUUCAAACAGCUCUUUAACUCCACCAUAGAGAUAUCAGAGAAGAGCAGUGUUCUGGAGGAGCGCCUGCAGAUCCUCCUGGACCAGACCCUGCUCACCAGCUACACCAACGUAUCCCGCGGCCUGUUUGAGCAGCACAAGACCAUCUACAGCUUCAUGCUUUGUGUGGACAUCAUGCGCCAGCAUGGCGAGGUCUCUGACGCAGAGUGGCAGCACUUCCUGCGAGGAGCGCCCCCCCUUGACAAGGAUCAUCCAGAGAGCCCUGACGUGCCAUGGCUAUCAGAGUUUACCUGGCAGACAUGCUGUGAGCUGGAGGAUACUCUGCCCUGCUUCAACGGCAUCAAGAGAGAGAUCACCGCCACACCCAUCUCUAUAAAACUAGGUCGUCUGGAAGUGUGUUUCAACCCAGAGAACUGGCAGGGCUACGUGUCUGACUCCCAGCUGCCUCCCUACUCAGAGGAGAUGUCUGAAGAAGAGAAGGAGCAGGCAGACGGGGUCAGGGGUCACUGGGAUCAGAGACUGGGGGCCUUCCAGAAACUGGUGCUCAUCAAGAGCUUCAUGGAGGAGAAGGUGGUGUUUGCGGUGACAGAGUUUGUGAUCGUGAGCCUGGGGAAACAGUUUGUAGAGAACCCUCCUGUUGACCUGGCCACUCUCUACAGUGACAUGUCUCCCUCCACCCCCCUGGUCUUCAUCCUCAGUACCGGAUCAGACCCCAUGGGAGCCUUCCAACGCUUCGCCAAGGAGAGGGGGUACCUGGACAGGGUGAGGUCUAUCUCUCUGGGUCAGGGUCAGGGUCCUAUAGCUGAGAAGAUGAUUCUGGAAGCUCUGAAGAGUGGUAACUGGAUCUUCCUCCAGAACUGUCACCUGGCUGUGUCCUGGAUGUUAGCCAUGGAGGAACUUAUCAAGACCUUCACUGAGCCGGACACGGUGAUCCAUGAGAACUUCAGGUUGUUCCUGAGCUCCAUGCCCACCAAGGUGUUCCCUGUCACCGUCCUCCAGAACUCUGUCAAGGUGACCAACGAGCCUCCUAAGGGUCUACGUGCCAACGUGCGCCGGGCGUUCACUGAGAUCACCAACAACUUCUUUGAGGAGCACAUCCUGGGACGCCAGUGGAGGAAGAUCAUCUUUGGAGUCUGCUUCUUCCACGCCAUCAUACAGGAGAGGAAGAAGUUUGGUCCUCUGGGCUGGAACAUCCGUUAUGAGUUCAACGACAGCGACAGAGAGUGUGCCCUGCUCAACCAGAACCUCUACUGUCAGACUGGUCACAUACCCUGGGAUGCUCUCAUCUACAUCACUGGGGAGAUAACCUACGGAGGCAGGGUGACUGAUGCCUGGGACCAGCGCUGUCUCCGCACCAUCCUCAAACGGUUCUUCUCUCCUGUCACCCUGGACCCAGGGUACACCUUCUCCACCUCAGGUGUCUACUUUGCCCCCGAGGCAGACAGACUGAGUGACUAUAACAGGUACAUAGAGAACCUUCCUCUCAUAGACGACCCUGAGAUCUUUGGUAUGCACGAGAACGCCAACCUCGCCUUCCAGCGUCUGGAAACCAUGACCCUGAUCAACACCAUCCUGGAGGUACAGCCUCGCUCGUCAGCCCGCGGCGGGGGCAAGAGCAACGAUGAGAUCGUCCACGAGCUGGCCGACUCCAUCCUUGCCAAGAUACCGGAGUGUCUGGAUAUGGAUGAGGCAGCGGAGGCUCUGUUUAUUCGUGAUGCUAACGGACGCCUCAACUCCCUCACCACCGUACUCGGACAGGAAGUAGACCGCUUUAACAACCUGCUGCGGGUCCUCAGGGUGUCUCUGUGUACCCUCCAGAAGGCUAUAGCAGGGCUGGUGGUGAUGUCAGAGGAGAUGGAGAGGAUCUACACCAGUUUCCUCAACAACCAGGUUCCAAACCACUGGAGCACCUCAGCCUACCCCUCCCUCAAACCCCUGGCCAGCUGGGUUAAAGACCUGGCCCUCAGGACCUGCUUCAUAGAGAACUGGAUCACACGGGGUCAGCCCAAAUCCUUCUGGAUCUCUGGACUAUUCUUCCCUCAGGGCUUCCUCACUGGGGCGCUACAGAACCACGCCAGGACCUAUAACCUCCCCAUCGACGAGCUCAACUUCCGUUUCAACGUGUUGCCGGUCUACCUAGACCAGGGGGCCAUGAGCGAGGCGCUGAAGACCCUACCGGCUGGGGGCGAGCUGGACAUGGACUCUGCGCUACCCACCAUCAACGACGGCGUGCUGGUGCACGGGAUGUUCAUGGACGCCAGUCGCUGGGACGACGUCAACAUGGUGAUCGAGGAUGCGUUGCCGCGGGUGAUGAACGCCAUGCUUCCCGUGGUGCACUUUGAACCCCAGCAGAACUAUGACCCUGAUCCGUCUCUCUACCAGGCUCCGCUGUACAAGACCUCAGCUAGGGCUGGGACUUUGUCUACUACAGGCCACUCUACUAACUUUGUGGUGACGGUGAUGCUGCCGUCCAGCCAGCCUAGUGACUACUGGAUCACCAAGGCCUCAGCCCUGCUCUGUCAGCUCAACGAGUAGUGACCCACCCACACACACACACACACCGCUGUACUUCUGCACCUUCAAUACCAGCAGCAGUGAUGAAGCCCAUUCUCUAUGGACUCUUGUUUUCUGGAAACCAAUGACUGUUUGUAAUGACUGUAUUGAGAAGUAUUCUACUGUGUACUCAGUUCCUGCUAAUCAGGGAGAUUAUUUAUAUAGGGCCCAAAAUGCCAUUCUUCUUUUAUUUUCUGAGUUGCUUUGAUUAAAUACCAUGUAGCAGUGCUGUUGUCGUUUGUGAUUUUGCUGUGUGCAUGGGAGAAGAGCAUGUCACU